GAACAUGAAAUGAAUGAGGUUAAAUCACAGCUAGAUAAAGCAAACCAAGAAAACCUAGAAUUGUUGACUAAAAAGGAUGAAUUGCUUAAAACUUGUGCUGUGUUUGAAGAAGAAAAGCAGAAGAUGGUGGUAUAUCAAAAGAACAUCAUCGAUGAAAAGAAUUCAGCUAUUAUGGAAAAGGAAGACCUUAGUCAGAAGCUUGUAUCUUUUAAAGAAGACAUGGAUAGGAAGCAAGCAGAAUAUACCAGUGAAGUACAUACCCUUACAGCAGAAAAGGAGAAUAUUCUAGCUGAAAAAUUAGGGCUUGAAAACAAACUUUCUGCUUUACUUGUAGAGCGUGAUGAGUUACUGAUUAGAACCAAAGAUCUAACUACUGAAAUGGAAGAACUCUUGUUGAAGCAAAAUGACUUAAACGUGAGUAUUACAGAUUUGCUCCAAGAAAAGGAUAAUAUUGUUGAUAAUUGUAAUGAAUUAACAGCUGAAGUAAGAGCAGUUAGAAAAGAACUUGAAAGGGCACAGAAAGAAAAUGAAGAACUUCUGGUCUCCAAGGAAAGUCUUACAAACUUGCUUGAAGAAAUUAAGACCAAUAGUAGUAUAUCAGACUCUGAGCGUGUUAACCUCCUACAAGAAAAGGAGAUGUUGCUUUCUUCUGAGAGGAAGUUGACUACAGAAAUAGGGGAUCUGUUAAGGAAAAAUGAGGAGCUUGAGGCUAAAUGUCAGAGGUGCACAGAAGAGGCUCAGCUUGCACAGGACAAACUGACAGGUGACUUUAAUAAUGUAAAAAGUGCAAAGGAGAUGAUGAUGCUACAGAUGUCAGACUUAGAAAAAAAACUUCAAUCUGUGUCUGCAGAGAAUGCUGCCUUUAAGGCAAUAAACACAGAGCUCCAAUCCAAAGAGGAAUCGAUUGUUGAUGAAUUAUCCAGCAUAAAAGCCAAGUUGGAGUGUUCUGAGUCUGCAAACCUUAUGUUAUUACAAGAGAAAGGCAAUCUGUUAGCAAAGAUUGACUCACUAAAUGGGGAUGUCAUGGGAGCAAAGAAACGCGCUGAAGAAUUGACUAAAACUAAUGACAGCCUUACAUUCGAACUUGAACAAACAAUGAAUGACACAGCUUCUCUCAAAAUAGAGUUUAAUCAUAAUUUAGCAGAACUACAGUCUUUGCGUGAGGAUUAUAAUAAAUGUUCUCAUGACAAGGAAUUUUUGACAAAAGAGAGCGAGAACUUACUGGAAAAAUGCAAUGAACUUAAUACACAUAUUACACAUUUUGAGCAGAGGUUAAUUGAAGAGAGAGAUGCUUUUAAAAAUGAAAAAGAAUGUCUGGAACUAAAAUGUACAAAGCUUCAACAAGGUUUGGACAACAUGGAGGAAGAAAAAGAUCAGAUGGUAUUUCAAAGUAAAGAGCUUCAGUGUAAGUAUGACAAGCUUUUGGAGCAGAAAGAGAACGUAGAGAAUCUUCUCCACUCUCUUACCCAGGAAAGGGAGAGCUUAGAACUCAAGAGCAUCAGACUUUCCUCCAACUUGGAAGAGCUUGACCAGAAUGUUGCUUCUCUAAACAAGUCAAAGGCAGAGUUACAAGAUUUGUAUAAUGGUGUUUACAAGCAGUUGGAAGACCUUCGCGGUCAGCAUGAAGUUUCAGAAAAGGAGUUAGAAAAGCUGCGUCAAGAGAGGUCUUGUUUGGUAUUCACACAUGAAAACCUAGAAAGCACAUAUUCAGCUAUUUUGCAAGAAAAGGAAACUGCCCUGAAGAAGUGUGACAGUCUGUCUGAACAAGUGGUUGCAUUAACCAGAGACAACUUGGAAGUGUCAGGUCUGGCUGAGCAGCUGAAGGUUCAAUACCAGACUAUACUGGAUGCAAAAGAGGAGCUGAUGUUGAAGUUUGAUGAGCUUCAGGUUGAGAAGAAGAGCCAAGAAGAAAAAAUUAAUGAGGUUUCACAAAUUGCAGAAGAAGCUUGCCAGAAAAUUGAACAGGUGACUGCAGAGAAAAAUGCAAUGCUCAAAGAGAGGGUCGAGACAGUUACUGCUAUGGAAGAGCUAAGGAAAUUGCACAGUGAUCUGCAAAAAGAACUUGAAAGCCUUAGAAAACAGCAAGAAUCAGCUGCGGAACAAAUAAACAAGACAAAUGGUCUUCUGAAAGGGGAAUGUAUGAAAACAGAAGCUCUCAAGAAAGAGUUGGAAGAGCUGAGGCAGGCAGCCGAGCACAAGUCCCAGCAGUUAUCAGCUCUGCAGGAGGAGAACCUCAAACUUGCAGAGGAGCUUGGAAGGAGCAAAGAGGAAGUAUCAACUAACCAAAAAAGCUUGAAGAGGAGAGAUCAGUAUUAAAUAACCAACUGCUAGAAAUGAAAAAAAGAGAAUCUAUUAUAAAGAAAGAGUUUGAUGAAGAGAAGUCCUCUCUACAGAAGUCUCUCUCCAGUACCAGUGCCUUGGCCACUGAAAAAGACAAAGAACUGGAAAGACUUCGGAAGGAGGUUACAGUAUUGCGGGGAGAGAAUGAGUCUGCAAGAAGCUUGCAGUCAGCAUUGAAGUCACUGGAGUCUGAAAAAGCCAAGCUGGAAAUAAAGGUGCAGAACCUGGAGAAGGAACUCAUCGAGAACAAGACGCAGCUCAAUAAUUUAUCAAACUCUUCAGGCGAUGCCUCAUUCAGCAGCCAGUACCAGGAGGAUAAGACAUCCAUGGAAAGCCAGGUUGAUUUUCUGAAUUCUGUAAUUGUUGACCUUCAAAGAAAAAAUGAUGAUUUGAAACUGAAGAUUGAUCAGAUGGUUGAAGCAUCACUAAAUGGGAACAAUGUAGAAGAUUUGGACAACCAUGACAGCUUAAAUGGCACACAAGCCAAGAAAAAAGUGCCCCCUCGCCUUUUCUGCGAUAUUUGUGAUUGUUUUGACCUGCAUGAUACAGAAGACUGCCCGACACAGACUCAGUUACCUGACUCUCCUCCUCAUUCUAACUUCCAUGGAAACAGAAAAGAAGAGAGGCCAUACUGUGAAAUCUGUGAGGUGUUUGGCCACUGGACAAGCACCUGCAAUGAUGAUGAGACCUUCUAA